CUCUCCUCUCCCACAGCCAUUGUCAACCACGACCAGGCCGUCUGCUAGAGUCAGGUCAGCCGGUAAGAGUCGUGGUAUGUCUGGCCGCUCCUGAAGGCACCCUGUCUGUCCCGCCCCCGGAGCUCUCUGAUUGGCUGCGGCGGCGGCCCGUCGGCGUGUGGGCGUGGCCUGGUCCCGCGGUGUGUGCGCGCUCUCUACAGUGGAGGAAGGACAGCUGCGCUCAGCCGCGGAGGAAGCAACGGAAUAAAAACCCAACUCUACAAUGCGUUAUCCCCGGGCGACGGCUCGUCCCCGACCCUCCUUCUAGUUACUCUGCGAGCCGCUCCGAGGCCAACAUGGCGUGAGGGGGGAAACAAACCGUGCGUGGAAAUAAGUGUCGAAACUGUCGGGAGUUACUCGUCGCGGCGGACUCUGCUGCCGCUGCCUGGAAGUUUUCUGUUGUUUUCCAGUCGUGGGGCCCCGACGGUGGCGGCGGCGGCGGCGGCGGCUCUCACCCCGGAGCGGUGUCCCGGUCUGCCCAGCCCCAUGCAAAACCUAACGGCCCCUGGCGGCCCCGGCAACUCCAAUGUCACCUGCUCCUGCAACUGCACCGCUUCCCAGCCACAGGGAAUGGAGAUAUCUGAACUGGAGUUUGUUCAGAUCGUCAUCAUCAUCGUGGUGAUGACCGUGAUGGUGGUCGUGAUCAUCUGCCUGCUCAACCACUACAAGCUCUCCACCUGGUCCUUCAUCACGCGGCAGAGCCAGGCCCGCCGGCACGACCACGCCCUGCAGCAGGACGGGUGUCUGUGGCCUUCAGACAGCAGCUCCAGACAAGGAGCCUCGGAGGUGUUGUACACUCCUCAGGCUCGUGACCGCUUCACCGCUCCCUCCUUCAUGCAGCGCGACCGCUUCAGCCGCUUCCAGCCCACCUACCCGUACCUGCAGCACCAGAUCGACCUGCCGCCCACCAUCUCGCUGUCGGACGGCGAGGAGCCGCCGCCCUACCAGGGGCCCUGCACGCUGCAGCUGCGCGACCCCGAGCAGCAGAUGGAGCUCAACCGCGAGUCGGUGAGGGCGCCGCCCAACCGGACCAUCUACGACAGUGACUUGAUCGACAUGGGGGGAGGCGGCUGCCUGUCGGGGGUGGGCGGCGGCGGAGCAGGAGGAGGAGGGAUGGGGAUGACGGGAGGCGGCGGCGGAGGCGGCGGCGGUGGCGGCGGCGGUGGCCCGAGGCCGCCGAGCAGUAACUCGGGCAUCAGCGCCGCCAACUCCAGCAACCACGGGCGCAUGGAGGGGCCGCCGCCGGCGUACAGCGAGGUGAUGGGCCACUACCCCGGCUCGGCCUUCUUUCUACACCAGCACAGCAAUAACCAGAGGGUGGGGGUGGGGGGCCGGACGAUCCAGCAGCAGAGCCAAUCAGAAAGCACAAUAGUACCUGCCAAAGCCAAGGACGGCCAGCCGGAGGACCUGGUGUGAAGAGAAAGGGAGGGGGGGGGAGGGGCUCUACUCUUCUCCCCUUAGUCUCUCGGUCGCCCUCUCUCUCUCUCUCUCUCUCUCUCUCUCUCCACACUCCCCGUGCACAAUGAAAAAUAUCCACCAGAGCGACGAAGAGGAAACGGGACGAAGAGUGCAUGUCAUACAAGCCGCCGCCACCAGGGGGCAGAGGAGCGUUUCCCCCUCGACACGACGGCAGAAACUUGCGAGUGCAGAUUGAAACAAUUUGUGCUUUUUACAUAUUUUCUUUUUGUGUCCUGAGGAUGAUGAUGAGGAUGAUGAUGAAGAUGACGAUGAGGAUGUUUUUUGUGUGGUUUUUUUCCGGACCGGGAUCUGUGCACAAAGCGAGAACUGAGAAUCAAGAACUUUAGAGAACACACCGAAAGAAACGAGAGACUCACCCCCCCCCAACAUCUUAGUGCCAAGGUUCACGAGGGAAGCAGGGGGGGGGGGUCAAAAUACACACACACACACACAACAACAACAACAAAAGUGAUCUCAAAGUUGCACUAUCUUUUUGUUGUAAAGGAGAGACGUCCUGCUCUGUGAUGAUACGACGCGUCUGUUUUUCUCCUUUUUAGUUUUUGCUUGUUCUUUUCACGAAUGGAUACGACCGACUGAACGUCACAACAACAACAACAACAACAACAAGUAUUAUAAGCUCAUGUCCUUCCGUUUUCUGAAAACAGCAACGAGUCCUCGCACCCGGCCGACGACCUCGCCGCCGAGAACCGGUCGAACCGGAUCGGUUCCCUCGGUUCUCUUCACAGAGACGAGAGCCGACACGCAAGAACAACAGAACCCCAAGACAGUAAACAACAACAACAACAACACAUAUCUUAAGUGUCUGUCCUUAUCCCCUCUCAUCUCGACAUGCACAGUUCAUUCUGCCAACAGCCGCACUGAACACGAACCCCCCGUCACACACACACACACACACACAGUGCGCCAGGACGACACAAAGUGAAGAUUUCCUGUCUGCGAUCCGCCGGCACCGCGACCCGGUUCUUGAGGAGGACUGUCUGUGGAGGUCAAAGGGCUAUUUUUUGGGGGGACGGGUCCUUUUAUUUUUUUUAUUUUUUGUUAAAGAAAGAAAAAAACUUUGGGGGAAAAUUGAGCCUUUUUUUCCUCUGCUCAGUGUUGCCUUCUCCUCCUCUGCUCUCCGCUUCUGUCUCCCCCGAUCUCGUUUGCAUCCGACAUCACCCCCCCCCCCCUCCUAUCACACCUCCUCCUCCUCAUUUGUGUGCAGAAAAAGUUUCGUUAAAAUGAUGCAGAGGCCGCCGAAAGUGAAGACCGGAGUGGUGUGUGUGUGUGUGUGUGUGUGUGUGUGUGUGUGUGUGUGUGUGUGUGUGUGUGUGUGUGUGUGUGUGUGUGUGUGUGUGUGUGUGUGUGUGUGUGUGUGUGUGUGUGUGUGUGUGUGUGUUUAGAGAUUCACGGACUUAUUGGUCAUUUAGCUCCGCCCAUAUUAUCGCCUCACUCGUUGAGCUGUUCCUCCGGGCCAGUGAUGCACCACGGUUGUCGUCGCGCCGCUCGCCCACGGUGCGCAUGGAGAGAAACUCUAUUCAUAUUUAAAACAACAACAACAAUAACAAUAACCCUUCAUUAACCGACAAGAUCGCUGACGUCUUUUUACCCAACGUGACGUAAACGGGAGGAGAUGCUGCGCCCGUCGGGGACUACUUUCAGCGGCGCAGUGUUACACAUGUUGGUGCUCCACUGGGCGUCAGUGGCAGCAGGUGUGUGUGUGUGUGUGUGUGUGUGUGUGUGUUGCUACAUCGCUGCUGCUAUUGCUGUUGCUGCUAAUAUUGUUGCUUCUGCUGCUUCUCAUGCCCCCCCCCCCAUCCCAAACAUCCACAGUGAUCUGACCCUCUGCAGUGCUUUCCUUCUGCUCCUCUUCCUCCCCUCUUCCUCCUCCCUCUCUCUCUCUCUCUCUCUGUCCGCGCAGUCAUAGCUCGUAAGAAACUGAGGAUCUAAAGAUGAAUUUAAUGUUUUCUACCCGGAGGUUUUGCAUGUGACUGUGAUGUGAGUACAUAAGGUGCCUACUUGUUCAUGUUUGAGCAGACCCCCCCCCCCCCGGUCCUGGUCCUGGUCCUGGUCCUGGUCUGGGUUUCUCUCUCGCUCUCGCCUUGAUUACACACCGAAUCUGAUCCUGGUGAAAACAACCACAACAAAAAUGAAAAAAAAAAAAAAAGCAAACGCCACAUUCAACUCUGGCGCCACGUUUCGGCGCCCGUCUCCACGGCGACCGACCUCCGACCCCCACCGCGAGCUCUUCCAAGCAGCAGUCGCCCCCCCCCCCCCCCCGGCGUGUGGAGCAAACAUAGGAACCCACACUUGCACUCUAAGAAGCUCCCACCUUCGUCGUGCCUCACUUCCAACGGUGCUUUCUCCAGUCGUCCGUCUCUCCGUCCGUCUGUACGGUGCUGUACAUAACGUGAAGAUAUUAUGCACAUAUCCUACCCAAUGGGUAGACCACCACACACACAGGAGAGGCUUUGUGAAUAAUGUAAUAUAAUGUAUAGACAAUAUAAGAAUUUUAAGAAGGCAGCAUCAAAUUUGUCAAGUAAAAAAAAAAAACGGAAACGACACGCUUUGUCUUUUUUCUUUCCUUUUUUUAUGAGAAGCUGGUUUGCAAAGAACGCUUCGAAGACACAAAGACGGGACGGAGGAUAUUUUGCUAUCAGUAAUAGUUGUGAUGCGGAUGAGGAGACGUUCACUUGUUUUAGGGGGAUUUCCUCAUCGAGAAAAGAGCUUUUCGCAGCGCUUUGCCAUCGUUUUGCUUUCUUCUCUUUUUUUUCUCUUCUCCUCCUCCGCGGAUCUUUUAAAGAAAAGCGGGGAGAAAAGAAAGAAACCCGAGCGGCGCUCGUAAAGUCGUCGGGGUUUUUUUACGCCACGACUUCAGCCGGCUCCGGGUUUUUUUGAUUUUAUACUCGCUUUGGAAAUUUUUUGGCGCGGAAAAAAAGCCAAAGUUGUUUGGAGGGGGAGGGGCUUCACGACCGCCGCCGGCGCUCCUGGACUCACAGAUCUUAACGACGUGUUGUUAUUUUUCAGUUUCUACUCUGCUGUAAUUUUUUUUGUAAAUCUGCCAAAGUAUUUUCGCUUAUCGGUUGAAGCAUUUCAGAACGGGAAGGAGCGGGAAGCGUUCAAGACGACUGGGAAUUCCCGGUUUCCGUCAACUUUUCUCUCUCUCGCUCUCUCUUGUUGUUGUUGUUAUUAUUAUUUUUAUUGUCUACAUUCACACAUGUUACAUGUGGCACAGUAUAUAUAUCGAAACAAGCGUUCAAUCUGCAGUCAUUUCAUGACGGUGUGUUCCGAGAAUAAACUCCACUGAGCGUUCUGACCGGGAGGAGCGGCGGCCAUCUUCCUCCUCAAGGCACCAAAUACGUGGCGGUUGGUUUGGAAAGUCGUCUCUUAAUCGUGACUCCGGCUCUUCUUCUUAAAAGACCUUUUUGGGGGGGAUUUCUUCUUCGUUUCCUGCACUAGCUUGAAGAAACUUAACUGGGGGCUCACUAAUUUGUAUUUGACUCCUCCCACUCCUCCCCCCCCCUCGCCGCUCACUCCCUUCUCCACUUCUCAGAAGUCUGUACUCAACUGCUGACAACAAGUAGCCGUUUUUAUCGUUCCAGAUUUUAAUAAUAAUAACGAUGAUGAUGAUGACGCCUCAACAGUUUGGUAUUCUCUCUGUCACCAUGGUUACCAUAGGACUGCUUCCAUCAUGGGUUUGGUAUCAUCAGUUUGCUUUAUUUACAAAAAUGAAUCCUUCUCGUUCCCCCUCCUCCCCCUCUGUGCUGAAAUAUAUAUAUAUAUAUGACUAUCCAGUAACCAUCCAGUGUGUGUAUAUAUAUAUAUAUAUUAAUGUGUGUGUAUAUAUAUGUGUAUAUAUAUGUGUGUACAUAUAUAUAUAUAUAUAUGUGUGUACAUAUAUAUAUAUCUAUAUGACUGUAUCCAGUAACCAUACAGUGUUUGUAUAUAUAUAUAUAUAUUAAUGUGUGUGUAUAUA